AUGGAGGUCAUUCUUCUCCUUAUUGCUUCCCUGCUCUUCUGUUUCAUGGUAGUCAAAUUUCUCAAGCACCCCUUGGGAAAACAUUCAAGGUUGAAACUUCCCCCCGGGCCUUAUCCACUGCCUAUCAUAGGAAACAUGCAUCAACUUUUUGGCUCACCAAUCCAUCAUUUGCUGAGAGACUUAGCUAAGAAAUAUGGAGCAUUGAUGCACCUAAAGCUUGGUGAAACUUCAACUAUCGUUGUCACUUCCCCGGAAAUGGCCAGAGAGAUCUACAGAACCAACGAUAUCAUAUUUGCUUCAAGACCCUCUCAGAGUCUCGCAUUCAAGAUCUUUUCUUUUAAUUUUGCUGAUCUGAUAUUUUCUCCCUAUGGAAAUUAUUGGAGGCAAUUACGAAAAAUCUGCACCAUGGAACUUCUUAGUCAAAAACGCGUGCAAAGUUUCAAAUCAAUCAGAGAAGAUGAGGUAUUCAAUCUCAUUAAAUCAAUUUCUCUACAGAAGGGAUCGACCAUCAAUCUAAGCAGAAGCAUUGUCUCUCUCACUUAUAGCUUCACCAGCCGGGCAGCAUUUGGAAUAAGAAACGAUUUAGAGACAGAAAGAUUCAUUCAACUUAUAGAUGAACUCAAUGGGAUGGCAUCAGAGUUCAGCUUAGCUGACAUGUAUCCUUCAAUCAAGUUGCUUCAAAUGAUGAGUACGCUGAGAUUUAAGGUGGAAAAACUACACAAGCAAAUUGAUGAAAUACUUGUAAAUAUUGUCAAUGAGCACAAAGGAAAAAUCAAAGAGGCAAAACAAGAAGGUGCAGAAGGCAAGGAAGAUCUUGUUGACGUUCUUCUCAAUAUUCAGAAACGUGGAGACUUUGAACCUCAACUGGCUGAUACAAGCAUCAGAGCAGUUAUCCUUGACAUUUUUAGUGCUGGUAGUGAGACUUCAUCAACAGCCAUGGAGUGGGCAAUUUCUGAGAUGAUUAAAAACCCAGAAAUAAUGAAAAGGGCACAACAGGAGGUGAGAAAUUUCUACAAUGUCAAAGGAAAUGUUGAUGAAUCACGCCUUCAUGAGCUCAAAUACUUGCAUGCAAUCAUCAAAGAGACCUUGAGACUACACCCAAGUGCUCCGCUUUUGUUGCCAAGAGAAUGUGGUCAGGAAUGCAAAAUCAAUGGUUAUGACGUACCAGCAAAGGCACAAAUAAUUGUCAAUGCAUGGGCAAUUGGCAGAGAUUCCAAUUACUGGAGUGAAGCUGAGAAGUUUAAUCCUUCGCGAUUUCUUGAUUCAGAAAUCGAUUACAAAGGGAAUAAUUUUGAAUACAUCCCAUUUGGUGCUGGAAGAAGGAUUUGUCCAGGCAUAUCAUUUUCUCAAGCAGUUAUUGAGCUGGUACUUGCACAGUUGUUGUUCCAUUUUGAUUGGAAGCUCCCUGGUGAUCUGAAACCGGAAGAAUUUGACAUGGUUGAGAAACUUGGAAGGACAAUUAGGCCAAAAAAUGAUCUCCUCCUGAUUCCAAUUGCUUACAGUGGUUCUUGUUUGACAUAAUUUGACUCUAUAGGGAUGCCUAGGUUAUGCAUAUAUCUGCCAUCACAUCCAUGCUAGAGAGCUACAUAUGGUCAAGUUCUCGAAAUUUGUAUAAUUAAGUUUAAAAUUUCGUAAUAUUUCCCUUUUGC